UAAAGUGCUUACUGCAGCCGGCAAUUUCAUUUUUCCGCUUUUAAACUUCCUAAACAGAUCGAUCGCAUCAACGCGAAUCCAACAUCUCUCUGCCCCUCCUCGUCCCUCUACUCCAAAAUUCUCUUCAAAAUAACACGUAUAAACCACAAGACUUCUAUACCCCGAUUCAUUUCGACAUUGAACAACGUCAUUGGGCAUUCCAGAUUGCUCAGAUGAUUAGGUGAUUAUGUACUGAUACUUCCAACUCCGCUUUCACAUUUAUCCGGAUUUAUUAUCCGUGUUUCUUCUCCAUUGGUCAUAUAGCAAUACUCAAAAACUACUUAUCAUCAGCCAGACAGCCCAAUUGCAUCUAUCCGGCAAGAUAAGGUAACAGUAUCAGAAAACAGACCUACCUAAGUAGAAGGAUUUUGGCUAACAAUGUGGUCAUAUGUCCCCAAAACAUUUUACUUGUCCUAAUAUGUGUACAUGCAUGUCAACAAUUUUGCAGCCACCUAAAUGGUGAGAUCUGAUCAAAUUAUUGGCAUCGCCGACUAUACACACGUCUCCAGCCCCAAUUGACUGUUCUUGUUACUCACCUCAUCCCUCAACCUUUCAGAUCAUCUCUAGGUUUCCGGUCAACAUUUCUUUGCAGCGGCUAAAUCUCUUGCCCCGCACCUGAAGCCGUCCGAUACCCUCUACUCUUCGAUUUGUUCUCAAGAUCGCCAAACAUAGUCCCUGAGAGGCCUUCUAAGACGACCUUAGAUUAUUUUUGGGCCAGGUCAACUUCAACCUUAAUCGACUAUCAUUUCUACGGCGUAUUAGCUGUCGUGUCGGUUAAUCCGGAAUUGCACUUUAUUACAGGGCCUUUCAGUGUAGGUACCUGGAAAGCCUCAGCAUCACGACCAUUUUGAUUGCGACCUAGCUAGUUCUCCAUUGAAUCCUUCUGGUGUGCUACAACUCCAUUGACAUCGGAUUUCAGUAGUUAUUGUUGUAUACAGUUGUUUUUUUGGUUCAUUGGGAGUGAUGGCCUUUGAUUUUAGACUACCAUCCAGCUCUGCCUUGCAACCCACGACGGGAUUCGAGUUUGAUGGUAAAUCGAAAUCACGACAAUUAUUUUUGACUUCUGAAAGAUCUGGAUUUUCUAAAAGUGCCCUAUUGCUAAUUGUAGCUCCUUUCUUUUUUGUCGCAGCCAUUCUCUACACCAGUUUUCUGGGAGGUCUUGGUCAAAGGCCAGGCAUUGUGAUUGAAAAAUCGCCCUCAUGCAAAAACCCAAUAGUCCGGCGGGAGUGGCGGACCCUGAGCGUCACAGAAAAGCACACGUACUUGAAAGCAGUCCAAUGUUUGUGGGAGCAACCUUCAAGAAUAGGUCUCAAUCACUCGUUGUAUGAAGACUUUCCUUGGGUUCAUAGUCGUAUGGGAAAUUUUUGUAGGGCUUCCACAAAUUCGUUUUCCCAUCUUUUCUGGAGUACGUGCUGACAGAUUGAAAUAGCUCAUAACACUCCAGCAUUUAUUGCCUGGCAUAGAUAUUUCCUCAACAUCUACGAACGGACACUGCAGGAACAAUGCGGCUAUUCGGGCCAUCUUGCAUAUUGGGAUUGGUCUUUGGAUUGGGAGGAUAUGACAAAGUCGCCAAUAUGGGAUAGUACUACAGGUUUCGGGGGAAAUGGAAACAAGGACAGCGAUAGAUCUGUCGGCUAUGGUCACUGCAUCACAGAUGGCCCAUUUGCGAACCGGACGCUUCUAUAUUUUGGGGCGGAAUAUGGUGCGCAUUGCCUGUCACGUGGGUUCAUUCAUGGCGAUCAUUUAAGAGCUGUCUUUGGUCUUAAGGUUCAGCCAGAAGCACUUGAAGCUGUUUUACUCGAAUCUGACUACGAAUCGUUCAAUCUUAAGCUGGAGGAAGGUCCCCAUAAUGCUAUUCCCCGGGCGAUUCGUGGGGACUUUCUGCGAGUCACAGCACCAAAUGGUUUGUGGUCUAUUUUCUAUAUCCAUUCUUCAUAUCCUCUUGCUAGAUUCCGACAGCUACUAAUGAUAGUCAAUGAUGGACAGAUCCUGUGUUUUUUCUGCAUCACACGCAGCUGGACCGGAUGUGGUGGCAGUGGCAGCAACGAGACCCACAACGAAGACUUUUUCAAUACAGCCGAGACUCACAUGUGAUCAACGAGAUGUUCAAAUUCGGGGAUUUUGCACCGGAUAGGAAGGUAUCAGAUAUUAUGAGUACGGAGACAGCGCUGUUAUGCUAUAGAUAUUGAAAUACUUAUAAAUAGACACAUCAAUGAAUGCUCUUGAUUCGAUCAGU